AACGGCGCUACUGUGUACUAUGGAAUAUAGUAAAGAGGAUCGGUUAAGGAUAUAUUCUAGAAGCAUAUCUAUGCGCAUGGGCAUUAAUCUUCAGUGCGAGCCAUUAGUCAUCAUUAUUUGUGUUUUGGCCGAUGUAAACAUAUUCCAAGAUCCAUUAAAUCCUCGGUGAGAGAGUAAACAAAAACGUGAAACGCAAAAAUCGUGAUCUGUUUGUGUGGUGGGAUGAGAAUAUGAACUUACAUUUAUGCACGAUAAUAGAAGAACCUGAGAACAAUGUCAAAGGAAGAUCCCGCCAUCGUAAAAUCCCUGCAGAACCUGGAGCUGGAAACUCCUAAGCCGAGCAUCAAGAGUCCCCCAAAAGUAGAAAUCUCAAAUCCAUUUAUGAGAAGGAAGCGUUCCAAGUCUCUAUCAAGCAUAAACAUGUUCGGCACAACAUGCAUCUGCAAAAACAACCUGAACCAGGUUAAGAACACCACAAAUUUCAAACGCACAAUGCUUAAAUGCAAGAUACUGAAAGAUCCGACUCUGAAGAUCUUAAGUAAUGCCUCAAUAGUGAGCUGUGAUAAAGCAAUACUGAAGUCCGAGCCGAGCAGUUCAAAGGGGCCAGAUCCAUCUAUGCACAGGGAUUUCCGUUCCAUUGUGGAUGGUUGUCAGCAGUUAAGUUUGGCGAAUGCAAACGAUGGAGUGCAAGACUACUUGUUACCUAAGAUACCUUUAGAGUUUGUUGUAAAACCAGAGGUUAAGCCUGCGGCUGCCUCUGAUCCUCUCACUAGUUGCUCCCAUCAAGCUCGAAUGUCUCCACCGCCGUGCGACGUGACCAUUGACGAAUUGGCCAGUUACUUUGAAACUUUUGUACAUAUUCCUAAAAAGAUGAGCACUAUGGCCGAAAUGAUGUAUACAUAAAUAUAUAUAUAUAUC